AUGGGCAUCAUCACGCAGAUCCUGUUGUCCCUGCCGCCCCACCUGGUGCAGAUCAUCCGCGACGUUGUCAACUCCCCCGACGUGCGCAGAGAUAUCCCGCCGCCUACUACGUGCCUCCGGUACAAUCAAAGGCGGGAUCCUGACGACAACCUCCAUGCUUGGAGGCCGGAGCCUUCUACUCAGGCCUCCUCAUUCUCGAGUGGGUCGGGACAGGCAUCGCAAGCUGCCGAAGCAUCUGCGAGCCCCGGUGCCUCCUCAACCGUCUACACCGCCAGACAUGAGGACUCGCAGGUGAGCGGUAAGGCUGCUGACCGUUCCCUCAGCUGGAACAUAGCUAUAACUCAGGAUACGUGUGUCCACGCCAUGGCCAAAGCGCAACAGGAUGCCCUACGCCGCUGCCUUCAGGAUGCUCGGCUGCCGGACUCCUUCAUUCAGUACUGUGUUGGCGACCUCAAGAUGGCCUCCCUGGAGGACUUUGUCAACAUCGUCACGAUUAAGGACUAUGAGCAGGAGCUCAAGACCGUCCUCACCGACAACUGCGCGGACACUAAGGACCAGCCACUGCAGCUCUCCCGUGCUAGGGCGGCCUGGCGUGCGGUCAGAACCAUCCUUCUGCGCCAGGAGCACCGUCGCCAACAAGGUGAACCAGUUGAGGAGUUGGACGUUGCGCUCGAGCCCUCGACUCAAGAGACGCUCCUGCAGCAGUUCAAGGCCUCCUACAACCUCAGCAUCGACGUGCACUAUAUGCCGGGGGACACUCUUCUGGGACGACUCUUCCGAGAGUGUCAGCGCAUGGCCCCCACAGUGAUCUCCAUCUCCAAG